AGUUGCCGGGCGGGACGGGCGAGCGAGUCCAGUGUACACUUUAUUUUUUGUUUAUCUUUUUGAUAAGACUGCACUUCUAUUUUCCAGUGAUAGCUGGCAAGUGCUCUAGCUAGGCACAGCUCAGUACCACUUGAUCAAGGAAACACAUCAUGGUUCGCGAAGGAGUGUUACAGCCAGCGGCUGCCGGCGAAUUUAUUGCUCGAAACGCGCACCACGUAAAGAUUCACGAAACAGGUCUUGAUAAAUUAUGUGAAGAGAUGCUAAAGUCUAUUACUGACAAGCUUGAGAUCCCAGAUACUGGUGCGGACAUCAUACACCCUAACAAAGACCAUGAGAAGGCUGCGGACUGGGUGUUUGUGGCAGAUGCUCUAAAUUUCUGCUUCUGGUCAUAUUCCGGGGCUCAGAAGUGGACUGUGGAUGGUCAUUCUGGGUAUUAUGCUUUAGAAGCUGCACUGGCUAGAGCUAUCAAGAAUGGUAUCGACAUUACAAAUCCAGAAUACUACUCAAAAAUAACUGAAGACCAACUUCGUGAUAUAAUGAAAGGUGACAACGCAGCAACAAUACCGUUAUUCAAUGAACGCAUAUCAGUACUGCACGAAGUAGGUGCAAUCUUACUGGAAAAGUACAACGGUACCUUUGUAACAUGUUUGAAAGAGGCCAAUAAGUCUGCCGUCAAGUUGUUGGAGAUUAUUGUAGACAACUUUCCAUGUUUCCGAGAUGAAGCAGUAUUUGAAGGUCAGAAGGUAGCUCUAUAUAAGAGAGCACAGAUCCUUGUGGCUGACUUGUGGAACUUCUUCGGAGGCUCUGGAUGGGGAGAGUUUACCGACAUUGAUAAGAUCACCAUGUUUGCCGAUUAUAGAGUGCCGCAGGUGCUUGUUUAUUUUGGUGCUUUGAGCUACAGUGAUGAGCUAAUGGAUAAAUUGAAGAAAGAUGUCCUCCUCUCAAGUGGAUCACCAGAAGAAGUAGAGAUCCGAGGGUGCUCCAUCCACGCCGUAGAACUGCUCAAGAAGAAACUGGAGGAUAAACUGAAAGGUCAGGAUGCUGAGGUACCAAACUCCAGUUUAAUAGAUUAUUAUCUGUGGUGCUACAGGAGAAAGUAUGCGGAUGAUAUGGAGAGUAUACCGUUCCAUAAGACUUUGGGUAUCUACUACUGAUAGUCUUUUUUUGGAGUAGAGAAGUUAAGGAUAAUAAGGUGCCUUGGAUGUUAUAAGUUGUAAUUUUUUUUUAAUAUUUCCAGUAACAGUGAUAUUUGAUUGACUGGUCAUUAAAAUACGCCUGUUUUGUAUAAAAUACAUAAUUCUAUUUUUAAUGAUGCCAAGCCCUUUUGACACUAUUUUUAAGCCUGUAAUCUGGUAAGAAAAUGGUGCUUAAACAGAAUUUAAUAGUUUUUAAAUACCCGCCCAGUGGGCCUGAUCCACACAAUUAUUUUUUAAUAAGUAUUAAUUAUUUACGUAUUACAUGUAAUGUAACAUACAUGAUUUUGUAUUAUUAUUGAUUUUCAAAAUAAAAAACAAUAUUUAUUAUAAUUA